GCAGGCGUCGGUAGCGCCGUCGCACUUUCUUGUGCGGUUGGCCUCGUCCACACUCCUUCAGGAUACCAGUGAUUUCAACGUCUGGUGAAAGAAGGAUUCGCCACAAGCAAGUUGAGGCUCGCGAGACAGCUUCUCCACUGCCUCGCCUAGAAUUGUUCUCCUGCAUUCGGGAACAGGGAGAACAGUGGUCUUGUCUACAGGGGGAAAACAGCUUUCGAGGUGGCAGGCGAAGGAAGCCUCGGAUGGAAAAGAAAUCGAGCGACGCCAUUUCAGUACGGUGUGGAAAACCUGUCCAUUGAAUAGCCGCCACGGACAAUUUUAGCUGUGUAUUAGAUGACUUAACCGCUUAGAUAGUUCGGUCCGCAUUGUGAGCGCAAUCAUGACCUCAACCGAGCCACGAACCCGUGAGAAAUCGGAAGUGAAGCGCCAAGCGGAGCUGCAGGAAUGCGACGUUUGCGGAAGCAGGGUGACUCGGGGCUAUAUGCGGGUCCACUUCCGAAUGCACACGGGAGAAAGACCGCACGAGUGCCGCCUGUGUCCGGCCUCGUUCGCCACGAGCAGCGCGCUCCGCUCCCACAACCGUUCUCACACCCAUCAAAAGCCGUACGAGUGCUCCGUCUGUCGCAAGAAAUUCAGCCGGCGAGAGUACCUGCCCAUUCACAUGCGCUCGCACAGCAGGGAGAAGCCUUAUUCGUGUCGCGUGUGCGAGAAGACCUUUUGCCGGAACGAAACACUAGCCGUCCACAUGCGGCUGCACACUGGCGAGAUGCCGCACCGGUGCGAAUCGUGCGGCGAGCGUUUCCCCACCAGCCAUCGCCUGACCGAGCACCGGCGAAAGCACACGGGCCAAAAACCAUUCGCCUGCAAGCUCUGCCCGGCCAAGUUCGCGCAACGCGAGUCGCUCAAGUCUCACCUUCGGUCGCACGUGGGCGAAAAGCCUUUCUCGUGCCACAUAUGCGAAAAGGCGUUUCGUCGACGAGGACACCUCUCGAGGCACAUGCGGACCCACUCGGGUGCAGGCGCCGUGCAGUGCGAAGUGUGCCUCAAGAUCCUGGGCAGGAAGGACCAGCUUCAGAGUCACAUGCGCUGUCACACGGGCGAAAAACCGCUCGCGUGUCCCUACUGUCCCGCGCAAUUCGCGUACCCGCAGACUCUCAACAACCACAUCGAAACGCAUGGCGAGAAACCGCCUAGCUGCGGUGUGUGCCAAAAGAAGUUUGCUAGGCGGUUCACCCUUGUAAAACAUUUGAAGACACAUGCACAGGAGAAGCCUUGAGUCUAUAGUUUUUUCCUGGCUCUGUUAGUUUCGAGGGAGUGAACGCUUGCUCAUGCUUUCGGUGCACCCUUCUUGAUUGCUUUAGAAGUUUCUCUGGCACCAGUGGAAUUCUUCAGUUUUUGUUCUCGUGCGUGUGUGUGUGUGCGGAUACAUUGCUGAGAAUGUAUAUGCACUUUAGCAGAGUAAUAGCACUCAAUGUUGUGAUCAUCGGGCCGAGUCAAGCUGUUAUACAUUGGAUUUAGUGACUGACAACGAGGUAAUUUUCUUAUAAAGCUCAAGUAAAUAUUAGAUACUUGC